AGAUCCGGGAGCUGCUCACCUUCGUGGUCGUGGGGGGCGGGCCCACAGGAGUUGAGUUGGCGGGGGAGUUGACAGAUUUCUUGCAGUCCGAAGGCAAGAAGAACUACGGGGGUAUCAGGAGACGAAUACGUAUCGGUGCACAUGUUCACCUACGACCUGCUGAACACGUUCGACCAGGAGAGCUUCAGGACUACGCGAUAAAGCACUUGGAGGGCAAGCAGAACGUCAAGGUACUCCUCGAGGCGUUCGUCCAGAAGGUUGACGGCAGUGUCGUGACCGUGAAGAAGGGGGACCGACGAGGUGAUGUCGCUCAAGUACGGAACCUUGGUGUGGUGUGCGGGCAUCAAGCCCCACGCCUUCAUCCGCCACUACGGCUUCGAGAUGAGCGACCGGGGCACGCAGAUCCUCGUAGACAGGAGCACCUCCGCUGCAAGGGCCACAAGGACGAACAUUUGGGCGAUUGGCGACUGCUCCACCAUCGAGGAGUACUGGCUCCCACAGACAGCGCAGGUGGCAAACCAGGAGGCGCAAUAUUUGGCCAAGCAGCUGAACAGCGGCAAGUUCGACAAUGGCACGGCGGAGCCUUUUGUGUUCUUCAACAAGGGCAUGAUGGCGUACCUGGGCGGCUUCACAGCCGUCAUGGCCAAGCUGCCUGGGCUGAGCAGGCUAACAGGGUUCGUCGCCUUCUUGGGGUGGCGGUUCACCUACUGGUUCCUGCAGCUUUCGGUGCGGAACCGCUUCAUGCUGGCCACGGACUGGGCACGGACCCUGCUGUUCGGGAGAGACCUCACAAGGUUCGGCUCGAGGUCCAAGCCGACGUGAGACCGGGGGCGCCUGUCCCCCAGCGGCAGGGAGGUUCCCGCGGAGGAUACCUGAUUGCAUCGGGCGCUGGAUUUGUAGAAUUAGAGGGAGGCCAGCCAAGCCCGCCGAUCUGCAUGUGAUAUGUGGCUUCCUUUGCGCCGCUUUUGGCGCUGCGCCUGGGUCCUCUAGACCGCAUCUUCCGCGGGCGCAACGGCCUGACUCUGCUCAUCGCUCUGGGACCCUCUUCCUCCCCCUCCUCCUCCUCCUCCUCCUCCUCCUCCUCCUCCUCCUCCUCUGACAGGCAGGCCUAGCCGCCUUGGCGCCAGAGCAGGCCCGAGUUCCUCUAGGCCUUUGGCGCCGCGAUAGAAUCGCGAGGGUGACCCUUUCGCGGCUCCAGACGCUGGAGAUGUUGCUGCUUCCGGCAAGGCCUGGGGGCAGUUGGGGCUGCUUCUGGGAAUUGUCUUCCUUGCAGCCUUGGGCGUCGCCCGCUAUUUCAGGCCGCAGUCACGCGCGCCUCGCCAGCCUGGCACUGACAGACUCAGCAAUGCUCGGGGGUUGCCAGAGCCCGCCAUGCGAAGCGACACCUCCAAAC